UAUAUAUAUAUAUAUAUAUAUACAUGUAUUCUGUCCAACAGCACACAGCCUCACAUACUUAGACCACCACCAUAUGAAACACAACCAAUCAUCAUCUUCCAUGGACUGGUUUUCAUGGCUAUCAAAGACUACCCUCGACACAUCGCACAUCUACGAGUACGGCCUUGUCUUCGCACGUAACGAGCUCCAAUUCGAUGACAUAACCUACUUCAACCACGAAUUCCUUCAGAGCAUGGGCAUUUCUGUGGCCAAGCACAGGCUGGAGAUUCUCAAGCUUGCUAGGAAGGAAAAUGGAGGCACCACAAAAUCGCUUUCCCGGCUCAUUUGGGCAAUCAGCAAAACCAGGAAGAGCUUAGUUAAGUAUUUUAGCAAGUUGGCUUUUCAUGAUCAGGAAAUGUCACUUAAGGAUUUUCCUGAUUCAGCUCAGUCCAGAGAGUAUUGGAAAGGAGUGUUGCUGAGGAGGCAGAGAAGUGAGGAAUUGAAGGAAGAUAGGCCUGUGCUCAAGACUAGGAGCAUGGCUCUAUCUGGGCCUAUCGAUGGGAGGGUCCAUGAGAGAUUGAUGGCUCCAAACAAUACAAGGAACUUGAAAUUAUCUGGGCCGCUUGAUGGAAGGAUGCACGAUAGGCUGCUGUACACUAAUAGGAGCCCAAGAUUUACUCGGACCCUGGAUGGUAGGGCUAUAGUGCCAGAGAGGUUGAUGAUCCCAAUCCCAAACAAUUGGAGCCCAAAAUUGUCUGGGCCGUUGGAUUACAGGGCAGAUGAUAGGGCCUUGAGCAUAAAUAGAAACCCAAAAUUGUCUGGGCCUUUGGAUGGAAGAGCUAUGAGCCCAAAGUUCUGUACUCCAUACGAGAAGGACAAAGGGGAUGAUGAUUUUGAUGAUCAUUCACUUUGGAGUGCACUCUUUCAGGAUAUGAAACCCACUUGAAACUUGUAAUUGCUUUGGUUUGUACGGUGAGAGAUAUGGCAUUCCCAAUUUUUCAUUUUCAUUUUCAUUUUCUUUUUUUCUUUUUUAAACAAGAAUUUUUGUGUUUUCUAACUUCCAAACCCCGUGUUUUACUUCAUGUUAUAUAUAUAUAUGUGUGUGUGUGUGUGUACAAUUUCAGUGCUUUUGUGUUGAGCUCUAUAAUGCAUAUACAGGUCACUUUUUAA